AUGAAUUUACCGCCUCCCUCCUCCAGACAGCCGGUUCGUGAAGUCUGGAGUUCGGAACGUUUGCUGCAUGAGCGUAACAUUGUGCUUGGCAGCGUCCUCGAGCCAUCAUCUCUGUCCUCUUACACAUCAGCAGUUCAAUCCUACGUGACUUUCUGUCGCAACCAUGAUUUUCCAAUCCACCCAACUGCAGACACCCUAUCUUUUUACAUUGUCUAUAUCUGCCAUUUUACCAAACCAAAAUCUGUCUCGAGCUAUCUAUCCGGAAUUUGCAACCAGCUCGAGGUUUUCUACCCUGAUAUUUGUCAAAAUUGUGCUCAUCCAAUUCGCAGUGAACUCACUGAAGCAUUCAAUAACCUACAUUCAUCCUCCACUUUCGACAAUCAGCUUUUUCUUGCAUUGUUAUACAUUGAGUUAGUGUUUCCCAAUCGGAUUGACCUUCAAGAUUUCCACAAAGUCAUCAUGCAGGAUUCAUUUCUUGCAGAUGCUGAGCAUCUCGAGUUCAAUCUACCAACGCAUAAAGCUGAUCAAACGUUUGAAGGAAACCGAAUCGUAGUCGAAGCCUCUUUGGAUAGAGAUGACACUGUUUGUGAACGUGACAGCCGCUUCCCAGGACUAUCGCAUUUAUGGGUACACUUUGAUGGGUCAGUUCCAACCCGGUCUUGGUUCAUCCAAAGGCUACAAUGUUAUUUCUCUGAUAAUGUGGCAGGUCACUCUCUUCGUUCUGGGGGAGCAACAUGGCUAGCAUCUUUAGGUGUCCAGGUGAAUCUCAUCCAGGCCAUUGGGUGA